AUUCAAUAUCGUUGUUCCGUUCAUGUCCGAUUUGCCUUUUUUUCUUCCGUUGGUCCGUGUGCGACUUGAAAUGCGAACGACGAUGGCAAACCUUGCUGGAACAUCAUGGCUUAACUUUGUGCGGCAAUUUCCAUAUCACCAUAUCAAUUCCGCGGGGGGGUCCUCAAUUCAAUUUCAAAUUGCCGUUUUUGUUUUUUUGGCAAUUGGACUUUUGCUCGCAACCGCAAAAUAUUCGCCACAAAUCGCCGAUCUUUCAAAUCCCCCUCCUUUCUUCCCCUGUUUCCGUUCUCUCUACUUUACAUAUGACAUGACAUGACAUGACAAGACGGCCACCUGUUCGUCAUUUACUUUCGAGCGCCGUUCAGAAUCAUUACCAUCUCCAUUCGACCCACCACCAUCACCGCUUGCAUCUUUAUCCGAAAACAACUACUCUGCGAGAAGAACAACAUCCCCUUUAUCCCAACGCGACGAGCUUAGCGUACCAUCACUAUCAUCACCAUCACCUUCCUUGCCCCUCUCGCCUCUUUCGCCAUCUCGGCCAUCUAAACAACAAUCAUCAUCAUCAUCUCCUCCGUCUCCGCCUUCCAACAAGCCGCCACCACCACCGCCGCUGCUAUCAUCAUCACCAUCAUCAAUACUAUUAUCCGAAAAGCGACAGGAGCAAUUAUCGCAGCAACCGCAGAAUCAACAACAGCAACAACGACGACAACAUCAACGUCGUCUGGUCCCACGCAAACGCUCAAACCGGGUGUAACGAUGUUGCUGGAUGGGGUCGUACACCACCGAUAUGCAAUUUAUUACGUAAAUCCCCUACGACACCCGGUAGCGUGACGGUUCAUUCUGAUUCCACCGCCACUCCCAACACGGCCGCUACGACGGCGAGCGGGUAUGGGAAUAGCGAUGGGCCGUUAACUCCAAGUAGCGCUUCAUCACCUGGGAAUACCACUGCUGCUUAUGUCCACAGCGGCGGGCUGAAGAACGCGGGAGGAAUGUCGAUACCGACUAUUCCUCCUGUGUUAUCUCCCUAUUCUCCAACUUUCCACCUUUAUAGUAGUAAUUACGCUCAUGCUAGGGAGAGAGGAGAUCAUCAUGCGAGUCCUCGAAGUCCGUUUCCUCUGAGCGCUGGUACUGGUACUGGUACUGGGAACUCACCGCAUCACUUGACCAUCCCACCUGCAGUAGUAGUCGUACCCCGAAGUGGAAGGGGUGCGACGGUUUCGAUAUCGAAAAAGUUGAGAGGUGGUGGUGGUGGUAUUGGGUUUUCUUCCAGCGAUCGUCAUAUGGGGAGGGAAAUCAUUCCUGAUGGUCCGAUAAGCACUCCUUUGGUGAAUGUAUCGAACGGAACUGGAGCAUGGAGGACUUUGCGAUAGCCCCCUCCGUACCGGAGUACUCUCUUUGUUAAGUUUAAUGGAAGUUGGAAGGCCCGGGGAGGAUUCGUGUGCGCUUGCUUAACUU